UGCUGCUGCUGCUGCUGCUGCUGCUGCUCCUCUGGCUGCAGCUGCUGUUCUUUCUCGGCAUAAUCGCUGUCCUCUAUAUUGUUCUCAGCGCGCUGGGACAUGUCCGAAAACAGCUUAUCCCACCCGCUAACGCUCCUCCUAUGGGCAUACGACACCCUGUUAGUCUCCGGCUGCUGCUCUCCAGCGGUUGAAAUGGGCAGUAGCGGGGAUAUUGGCUGAGGCGGCAAGCAUUCUAUGCUGCUUCGGUUGGCUGCCUGCGGGACGUUGUUUCCAGCGAGAUCUAUUGUGUUGCUUUUGUGGAUGGGUGGCCUCUUUUGUAAUGGCGAGAGCAUGAGUGCCUUUGCCGCCGCCUUCCCUGCGGCUGUCGGUCUCUGUGGUGGUGGAUUGGUUGGCGAGGACGAAUUUCCAAUGGCCGUGGUUCCCUGCACCUGCUCUUUCUCUUCUUGUUUUGUUGGGCUCAUUUCACGCAGAGGUAAAUAAAUAAAAUGGCGAAUUUUACAGUAAAUAAAUAAAGUUUUUUUUUUGCAAGUAGAAAAAAAUGAACAAAUGAACAAAUACAAAAAAAAGUGGCUGCUAAAACAGAAACGAGAAAUAAAUAAAAUGCAAAAAAAAAGAAGGCAUAUGCGGGGGCAAACAUUACACAGUGAAAUAAACACAUGCUGUUUGGGUUGCAACGCGCAUAUCUAUUUUUCCAAUCAGGGGUUUUAUUCAACUGAGACUUUAAAGUAGACAAGCA